AAUGAACAAGUAUAGGCGGCAGAUAAAAUAAGCAUUUAACAUAAUCAAAAUAAGAGCAACUGAGACAUGAGGCAAACUCUAAGUUGUAUUUUGGAAGCAAUUAAAAAAAUAAUUUAAAGUCAUUAGUAAAGUAUACAUUUGCAUAAGUGGAUAUGACAUUUAACCAGCAAUACUAUUAAAUGGACUACAUCUGAGACUCAUAUCUGUAAUUUAUCAUCGUGUAUGGUGCAUUCAAAAACAGGGAUAUCUGCUCUGUUAAGAGACAAGCAGGUCCUUGUGUCAACCCGCUGCUACAUAACAAAAGGACACAAGUAAAAAAGUACUCAACGGUUUUAUCUGCUUUGAAACAAAGUGUACACGGAGCAGGAUCUCGUGUCCAGUGUCCGGUAUAUCAGCAACACGACGAAAGUAGCAAUGCCUGAAAGACAUGUCUCACAAAGAAGAUAAUGAAGGGAAAAGGAGCUCUCACCGCACUGAGUUGUACACCAGCAUCCCUCGAACAUGUCUGCCCAUUGUGUACCACCCAGACUACAACAUCACCUUCAUGGGCCUUGAAAAGCUGCAUCCAUUUGAUGCAGGGAAGUGGGGGAAAGUCAUUCACUUCUUGAAAGAGGAGCAGUUCAUCACUGAUGGGAACAUCGUGGAAGCCCGUGAAGCUACUGAAGAGGAUCUGCUGGUGGUUCACACCAAACGCUACCUCAACAGAUUAAAGUGGUCUCUGGUGGUGGCAGCAAUCACAGAAAUCCCACCUCUCCUGUUUCUGCCUAAUUUCCUGGUACAGCGGAAAGUGCUGAGGCCUUUGCGGACACAGACUGGAGGAACAAUUAUGGCAGGAAAACUGGCUGUUGACCGAGGAUGGGCUAUAAAUGUAGGAGGAGGCUUCCACCACUGCUCCAGCGAUAGGGGAGGGGGCUUUUGUGCCUAUGCCGACAUCACUCUGGCCAUCAAGUUUCUGUUUGAGAGAGUGGAAGGCAUCUCCAAGGCUACUAUCAUCGAUCUGGAUGCUCAUCAGGGAAAUGGACAUGAGCGUGACUUCUUGAAUGACAGACGUGUGUUCAUCAUGGAUAUGUAUAAUCGCUACAUCUAUCCCGGGGACGAAUAUGCUAAAAGAGCCAUAAAGAGGAAGGUGGAGCUGGACUGGGGCACUGAGGACUCGGAGUACCUUCAGAAGGUAGAGCUCCACUCUGACGGAGCGCUGAACGAGGUCCGACCUGAUAUAAUCGUCUACAACGCAGGGACAGACAUCUUGGAUGGGGACUCCCUUGGUGGACUCUCCAUAUCACCACAGGGCAUUGUAAAAAGAGAUGAGAUUGUGUUCAGGACUGCGAGGAGACGGGGCGUCCCCAUACUCAUGGUGACAUCCGGAGGAUACCAGAAGAAAACGGCCCGCAUCAUUGCUGACUCCAUCCUCAACUUGCACCGGCAGGGCCUGAUUGGAGCAGAGGCUCUGGAGGGGGAGGGCUCAUCAUCGCUGGUGACCAGCAUGAUGUGUAGCUCUGGAUCUGUUGGAUCCACAUUCACUGCUGUCUGAGAUGCAUUAAUCCCUACAGAUGUGACAUUUAAAGGCACUCAAGUAACUUUAUAUUGUGCAGUUUCUGUGUGACAGCAAUUAACGAUAUUGUAAUGUUACUGCUGUUACACAGAAAUGUGUUUUUUGUUUGUUUUUUUAUCACAGGGGGGUUACACAAUGCUUGUUUGCACAUAUACAACCAAAAAAAAAAGAGGCAAUUUUUUACAUUUUUAAUGUAUAAGUUACUCAAAGGGAGUAAUCAUUCAAAGAGAAAAAUUGCACUGAAACAAUAGCGCUCUCUUUCAUAAGCCUUCAUAUGCCACAAAAAGAGUUAUUUAAAUUUUUAUCAGUUGGAGCAUGAUGGGUUUUAUGUUUAAUAUAUGUUCGGGGAGCGUUUUAGAGAGGAAUUCUUUCAUCUCAGGAAAAGUAAUAAUGUAAUUUGUGAAAGAUAUGAUAUAAUAAUUGUCCAAUGAGAGAUUUGAUGUUCUUACAGCUACAAGUAUAUUUUUUAUCCGUCAUCUCAGAUUAUGGUUAUGAAGGUGAAACACAAGAUAAUUUCACAUUAGAACUGUAACUGUCAAACAUAAUCUAAUGGUAAUGUUACAAAAAAUAUGUUCUUCAUUCCUCAUUAGCAUUUAGUUUGAUCAUUUCUAGUAUAAACUGGUGUUUUUCUCUAGAUAAUAUUGUAAUCAUUAUAGAGUUAUGGUGUUUCAUUACUCAAGCUUGGCCAUUGAUGAGUUUUUGUACUAAAUGCUCUGGGUGCUUUUAAUCCCCUCUAUCUCUGCAAUUAAUGUUUACCGGGAACCCGUUAUGAUUUUUCUGUAGGUACUAAAGUGUAUUGUGAACACAUUUGAAACACUAAAACAUGUGACUGUGCACUUUAACUUGUGUAUGGUGAAAGAAAGUUCACGAACAUUCCCAAACUCCUGAAAAUGUUCUGUUGCAGUGUGUUCCUGUCAUCUACAAAGUCCAAAAACUGAAGAACGUUCAGUGAUUGAUGAGCGGGCCUGUUUCAUGGGUUUUACUUCUGAUUGGUUUGCUGUAGUCAGACGUACAGAACUCCCUAUUGAUGUUUACACAUACAGUAGUUGUGUAAAAUGAGACAAAAUAGAUCUUUAAAAAUGUUGGAUCAAUAUGAUCAAUGCAGCAGCUGGAACAAUAUCACAGCUUCCAAAAGACACUAAAGACUCUUCAUCAAAAACAUUUUAACAGUUUGAAGUUAACUGAAGUAUUAGUGCAUUGCUUACUCAUACAUGAAAUACUCAUAUUGCCCCUUCAUGCUAAUGUAAAGCUUUAAAAAAUAACUUUGCAUGUCGGCGGCUCCAAAUUAAAGUCAGACUUUACUGUUUGAAAAUUUUCAUUAAAGAAUUCUUCUGGUCUUGAGUCGUAUUUCUGUGGUUUUAGCCUUCGUGUAAGUAAAUUGCAGAGAUCUAGGAACAUGGCAACAUCACUAAAAAGACGCCCUAUGGGGCAAGAAACACAAGCGGUCAGAUAACAAGACUUGUCUUAAACAAUCUUUCCAGAAAGAUUUAAAUUGGGGAUCACAUCUUCCUACAUAGCUACUUUAUGAAUAGACGUGCAUCAAAAUCCAAACGACGGCUCACUUGGCUGCAGUCAAAAAGCUGCACCAGUUCAAACACAGCAUUCUUGCUAUUACUAUGACGCCAUUGAUUUUCUUUGCUCCCGCUUUGUCUUCUCCACGGACUUCAAAACUCCCUCUCGUGUUUACUUACAGUGGAUUUUGUCAAGCUGUCACUCCAAUCGAGACUGGCCAAUGGAGACGCGUCUUUUGUAGGUCCCACCCACGAGAUUUCAGCUCAACAUUUUAGAUUCGCAAACAAAACUUUUGGAUGACAUUUUUAAUCACAAAUUUGAGUGUGCAUAGUUUUGCUCUCAAACCUAUUUUUUGAUUACAUAAUAAAGACACAAAAGUAACUAUAGAAAUCAUGUCCAUUUCUGUCACCAGAAAUGUGAAAAACUCUCUGUGCCCUACUUUGUGAUGAAGGCCCAAUAAAAGACAUGACAUCAAAAUCUUGUCUAACAUAGCUUAAGCCAUGCUAAUUGACAUCCAGGCAACAACUUGGGGGAGUACAGUAGUUGCAGAAGGAGGGAAUGUUGCACACAUGUUCACACCUGGGAAAUGCACAGUACACCAAGACAUGUACUGUUGGCUUGGAAGUAGCAAUGUUGACAUCCCAGAUCUGAUACAUCCUGCAGGGCUGAAUAAGUGUUUGGAAAGCCAAAACUGCUGACCAAAUUAGAAGAGAUGUUAAUGUUACUGUGAAAGUGGCCAAAGGGUAGUUUUGAUAAUAAAACCACAUCGUCUGUGGACUGCCAUUGCAUUAGAUGUGUUUUGCAGCUGAGUGGACCUGAAGUGGCAGCUGGCAGGUGCUGCUGUAAUGAUUUUCUAAUGUAUUUUCACAUUCAUUAUCUUCCACUGCUCUGGCUUCACUUUACUGUUAAAAACUGUUGCAAAAGUUAGGGAGUUAAGGACUUGAGUACAGACUCACGAUCAUUUAAAGGAUUAAAAGACCUAUCUUUGAACGACAUGAAAAGAAGUGUUCGGGUGCGUAUCCACGAAGCUUUUUGGAAACAUUCCUAAUGAAACUGAAAGGCAGGCCAUAUUAGCGGUGUCAGUGCUAAUUAGCUAAAGUCUUUGAUCUGGUGUGCUGCUUUUUAAUUGCAGCUGAAAGGUUUAGUGCAGUCUACCUUUAAUUAGGACUCGAAAUAUAUCACUUAUUGUAGCAGGCCUGUCCUUAAUACCCGAUGCGAUCCCAAAUUCCAGUUCAUCAGCUCUUUUCCGUGUCGGCCAGCAUUUUAGUCAUUUCAGACGAUUGAAUGUUUCGUGCCAAAAAUAACACUGAAGUCUUCAAAGCUGUACUGUGUUUGUGAUUUGUGCUGACAUUGACAACUACUUCUAUGAAUUCAUAAUGAUGUUGAAUAAAUCUAUAGCAACCAAAA